AUGGCAUUCGUCACUGACGAUGCCUGCGAAAUGGUUGAGAAUGUAUCCAGCCAAUGGUCCAACGCUGGAAAUCGCGAAUACUAUGUCAGAGAGCCCUGGACUAAGCACGUUUCACAAGGCCUCCUUGACGCCCGUCCAAGUUGCGAAAAUGUCGUCAAGCCAACACUGAUUCACAUGGUUAAGGUCCAGUGUGUUCACUAUGUCCAGCUAUUUCUGAUCCUUCUGAUCCAUUUCCCUGCGGAGACUUUGCUGCUUCGUGAUUCAUAA